CACUGGUUAAAUCUAAGUGGAAGUGCGAACACCGUUGGUGGCGAUAAAAUAGUAAUAAUUUUAUAUUCUUUUCAACAAUUCUUGUGUUAUUUUUUGUUUCAAAACGCUGACUAGCCGCACAAAAACGACUGAGAAGGCUGACAGCGAGCGAGUGAGAGGUGCGACAGAGAUAGAGAGCCGAGCAACGGCUAAGAAUAAGAGCAGCAGACAACACACAGAGAGAGAGAGAGAGACGGGGAGACAAGAGCAACGAUAAUGUACGUCGCAAAGACAAAAAAGAGCUGCCAUUUGGCGGUGCUAUCGGUCAUGGUCCUGGCCCUGAUGCACGCCUGCCUGGUGCAGUGCCAGCUGGCGGGGAAGCUAGUCCAGAAUCCGUGCAGCGGCAAGGACAAGUGCCACACGUGCAUCCAGACCCAGAGCUGUGCGUGGUGCAUGCAGCCAAACUUUGAGGGGCGAUCGCGCUGUUUCCAGCACACUUCGCCGGAUGUCUGUCCCGAGCAGUUCGUCUGGAAUCCCGACACCUCGGAGCAAAUUCUCAUCAACAAGAACCUGACGCUAGCUGGCGAGAGUCAAGCCUAUGGCUCGGCCGGUGGCUUUGGCGGCGGUGGCGCCGCCGGCGGCGGUGGUCAGUACAUCUCUGGCGGCAGCUCCUAUCAUCAGAGUUCCUCCUCCUCCUCCUCCAGCUCCAGCGCCAGUUCCUAUGGCUCCCAAUACUCUGGAUGGUCGGCCAGCUCCGGCGAGAUUGUCCAAAUCAAACCCCAGUCUGUAAACCUGAAGUUGCGCAUCAAUCAAGUCCACAACCUGAAGGUGAGCUACACCCAGGCCGAGGGCUAUCCCGUGGAUCUCUACUACUUGAUGGACCUCUCCAAGUCCAUGGAGGAUGACAAAGAGAAGCUGUCUGCCCUGGGCGACAAGCUGUCGGAGACCAUGAAGAGCAUCACAUCGAAUUUCCGCCUGGGCUUCGGUUCGUUUGUGGACAAGGUGCUCAUGCCCUAUGUGUCCACCAUUCCCAAGAACCUGGAGGAGCCAUGCCCCAAAUGCGCUGCUCCCUAUGGCUAUCGAAACAUAAUGGGCCUGAGCACGGACACAUAUAGAUUCUCUAACGAGGUGAAAGAUGCCGCUGUCUCUGGUAAUCUCGAUGCGCCCGAGGGCGGAUUCGAUGCCAUUAUGCAGGCCAUUGCCUGCCGCCAGCAGGUGGGAUGGCGUGAGCAGGCCCGUCGCCUGCUCGUCUUCUCCACGGACGCCGGCUUCCAUUAUGCGGGCGAUGGCAAACUGGGUGGCGUGAUAGCGCCCAACGAUGGCGAAUGCCAUCUGGAUCUGCAGGGCAUGUACACGCAUUCGGUGAUUCAGGACUAUCCGAGCAUCUCGCAAAUCAACCAGAAGGUCAAGGAGAAUGCCAUCAACAUCAUCUUUGCGGUGACCAAUUCGCAGUAUACCGUGUACGAGAAACUGGCCGCCCACGUUCAGGGCUCCUCGGCGGCCAUCCUCUCGAAUGAUUCGUCCAAUGUGGUCGAUCUGGUGCAGAAGGAGUACAACAAAAUCUCCUCGUCGGUAGAGAUGAAGGACAAUGCCACAGGCGACGUGAAGAUUACGUACUUCUCGUCCUGUUUGACAAACGGACCCGAGAUCCAGACCUCCAAAUGCGACAACCUGACGGUGGGCAAGCAGGUGAGCUUCACGGCCCAGAUCCAGGUGUUGAAGUGCCCGGAGGAUCCACGCGACUGGAAUCAGGUUAUCCAGAUCUAUCCCGUUGGCAUCAACGAGAGCAUGGUGAUCAAACUGGAAAUGCUCUGCUCCUGCCCCUGCGAACAUCCCGGCUCCAUUGGGUAUGAGGAGCAUUCGCCGCACUGCAACAACUACGGCACCUACAUGUGCGGCAUCUGUGACUGUGGCGAGCAUCAUUUUGGCAACACCUGCGAGUGCUCCGUAUCGGACAUGAACUCAACGAUCAACAACGAUGCCAGCUGCCGGGCGGACAACACCACCAAUGUGGACUGCAGCGGACGCGGCAAUUGCGUGUGCGGCUUCUGUGAGUGCUUCAAGCGACCCAAUCCGGAGGAGGUAAUCACUGGCAAGUUCUGCGAGUGCGAGAACUUUAGCUGCGAGCGUAACAAGAACCAGCUAUGCUCUGGGCCCGAUCACGGCACCUGCGACUGCGGCCGUUGUGUAUGCAAGCCCGGAUGGACGGGCAGUAGCUGUGCCUGCCAGGCCUCCAACGACACCUGCAUACCGCCCGGCGGUGGCGAGCUCUGCUCCGGUCACGGCACCUGCGAGUGUGGCGUCUGCAAGUGCACGGCCAACGACCAAGGCCGCUACUCUGGCCGCCACUGUGAGAAGUGCCCGACUUGCUCGGGCCGCUGUCAGGAGCUGAAGGAUUGCGUACAGUGCCAGAUGUACCACACCGGAGUGCUGAAGAACGUGGAUGAUUGUGCCCGCAACUGCACGGCCUUCACGCCGGUGGGCGUUGAGAAGGUGACAAUCGAUGAGCACAAGGACGAGCAGAUGUGCACAUUUUUCGACGAGGAUGACUGCAAGUUCAUGUUCAAGUACAGCGAACAGGGCGAGCUGGUGGUCCAUGCCCAGGAGGAGAAGGAGUGCCCGCCCAAGGUCUUUAUGCUGGGCAUCGUGCUCGGCGUCAUCGCCGCCAUUGUGCUCGUGGGCCUGGCCAUUCUCCUGCUCUGGAAGCUGCUCACCACCAUACACGAUCGCCGUGAAUUUGCCCGCUUCGAGAAGGAGAGCAUGAAUGCCAAAUGGAAUGCGGGCGAGAAUCCCAUUUACAAGCAGGCCACCUCCACCUUCAAGAAUCCCAUGUAUGCGGGCAAAUAAUCAAAUCAACUGGAUUCACUAUCCACCAUCUAACUAAAUAUUAGUGAAAAAUUCUGUGUCAUCCAUGGAUGGAUUGUUUGUGCCUGGGGAGAGACACGAGGCACGAGACACAAGAGUGUCUGUGUGUCUCUUCCCCCAAUUAAUAUCUAAAUCUAACUCAACAAAAGCUGCGCCCGAUAGUUUCCUGUUGAAGUCAACUGCCACUGAAACGCGUUCUAAACUAAGUCAAAUUUAUAUAUACAGAUAUAGAGCUAUAUAUAUACACCCCCCGCAACACCCACCCCCUUCGAGGGCAGCCUUUAUACAAUGCGUAUACUUAACGAGCAAACGAUGUGUGCCUUGCUAUAAAAUGUUUUAGACUUGUAAAAUCCAUAUAUACACAUAUAUUGUAUAGAGAGCUUCCGUCUACAGAGAGCCAACAGAAACAGACAGCACAAACAAACAGCCAAGAAAAUGAACUACGAAACGAUUAUUAUUAGGAAUAGAUGAUUAUGAUUUAUGAUUUAUAUAAUGACAUCUGUGUUCAGCAGUUCAGCAGAACCCACCCAUUACCCCCAACAAAUUAUCCAGCCAGCACAUGAAUUUUUGUUUGUAUUUUAUUUCUAAUUAUUUGUUUCUUAUAAUUUGUAUUCCAUUGAUUUUGAUAUUCUUUCUAUUGAUUUCUUUUCGAACACUUCUUUCGAGUAGUUUUUAAGCGCAA